CAACAGGUCAGUGACUCUGCAUUGCCUGUUUAACUGCAGUGGGCGCUGUUGGCCAGGGGAGGCAGUGUUGAGCACCUAUUUCUUUCAGGCCCAUUUCCCUCCAUGGUUUCUCUUCUCCCCGAGUAACUUGGCGUUUGGCUCAUACUUCAUUAUACAGAGGUCCCAUAUUCUCCCUCCAUUGGGGAAUAUCUCUCUCCAUUUUUUUUUGGAUUGAAUUAAAAAAAAAUAAAUAAACCCAACGAAGCCCCCCCGGGCCAAAGCUCUCCAAAAAAAAAAAAAAACUUUUCAAGGGGAAGAUGGACAUGAAAAAGAGGAUCCACUUAGAGCUGAGGAACAGGACCCCGUCAGACGUGCGAGAGCUGGUCCUUGACAACUGUAGAUCAAAUGAUGGCAAAAUUGAAGGCCUGACAUCCGAGUUUGUCAACCUUGAAUUUCUCAGUUUAAUAAAUGUUGGCCUCACAUCAGUUUCAGAUCUUCCCAAACUUGCACAGCUGAAAAAGCUGGAACUGAGUGAUAAUAAAAUUUCUGGAGGUCUUGAUGUGCUAGCAGAAAAUCUUUCUAACCUUACGCAUCUAAAUCUCAGUGGAAACAAACUGAGAGACAUCAGUACGCUGGAACCUUUGAAAAAGCUAGACAAUCUGAAGAGCCUGGACCUGUUCAACUGUGAAGUGACAAACCUUAAUGACUACAGAGAGAGUGUCUUUAAACUUCUGCCUCAUCUCACAUAUUUGGAUGGAUAUGACAUUGAAGACAAAGAAGCAUCUGAUUCAGAAGGAGAGGUUGAUGGGGAUGGAGUAGAUGACGAUGAUGAGGAAGGUGAGGAUGAGGAGGACGAGGAUGAUGAGGAAGAUGGUGAAGAGGAGGAUUUUGAUGAAGAUGAUGAUGAUGAUGAUGAAGAUGAAGAAGAAGUAGGAGAGGAUGAUGAAGGCAUUAGUGGAGAGGAAGAGGAUGGAGAGGUUGAUGAGGAAGAUGAUGAUGAGGAAGAUGAAGAUGAUGAAGAUGAGGAGGAGCCUGCUGGCAAAGGUGAAAAGAGGAAGCGAGUUCCAGAGGAUGAAGAUGAGGAAGAUGACGAUUAAAGGAAUUAUGCCCGUUUGACCUCCUUUUGUUCCCUUGAUCAGCCUCUCAGCCCCCAGAGAAGCCCUUUAAAAGAAAUACAUUUAAGGACUGGCUGCUGUUGGUUGCACUGACCCUUUUGGAUACACAGCUGUGGAGCUUGUUGCAAAAGUGCAUUUGCGGUGUGGUGCCAGUCCUGGUGGCACCCACGAGUUGUGACAAUUCAACAUUCCACAUUUCUACUGUCAGUUUCUACCGUGCAGAACUUUCAAGAGGACUUUUGGUAUUCCGAAUGGGUCAGAACUUUUAAAUCGAGUUGGGGGGUGGCGGGUCCUUUAGAGGUUUUUUUUGUUUGUUUCCUUUUUUCCCUCCUUUUUUGAGUAAGAUUAUUGCUAUAGCAAUGAAAAGAACAGAUGCUGUAAUUGGUUUGCCAUUUUCUUAAAAAAGGCUACCUAUUACACAAAGAUGGUUGUAGCAACAUUUUUACUUUCUGUAAACCUGAAAUGCUUUGUAAAUAAAAUCUUAACAUUUUG